AUAGCCACGUGAAUCACUAAAAAUUUUCACCACUUUUCAUUCGUAGCUCGCAGGUGUUGAAAAAAAAAAAAAUUGUUUCGUUCAAUUUAAGAAAAACUCUUCUUUACAUCAUCGUUCAAUAUUUUUAAUGUAACAUAUUCUUUGCGUUACACUUGCACAGGUCGAUGUCAUUAUUUUUCUCUUCUCUCGAACAAAUCAUUAUCGUUGCUAUUCCGUGCUGAGUUUUUUCGAUUUUAUUAAAUAAUUCAUAAAAACUAAAAGAUAAAAAAAAUAAGUGAAUAAAAAAGUUAAAAUAUCUAAACUCGUUAAAGUUGAAAAAUGUUAAAUCUAUCAGGAUGGAGAUUACUUUCACUAGUAGCUAUUUUAUUAUUACAUAUUCUGAGUUUAUGUGAUGGAUUGCAAUUAAGUGCUUUUACAACUAAGACUCCCAGGGUCACUAAAUACACAACAAAGUCUCCUGCAGCAUCGAGUGCUUCGACAACUUCAUUGUACAGAUUUAAUGCAACCAAUGGAGUCACUUGUAUUCUUAUUAGCACAGACGGCCUUAUAAGCAUUAAAUAUCGAAAUAAAUUAAACGAGGAUGUGGAAGCAGACCUUUAUUUGCCUGAUAAUCCAGUUCUAUCGGGCGAAUGUGUUGAAUCAAAUUCGGAGCUAUUCACGAUGACUUUUAAAGGAUUCACAUUGAGUAUAAUCUUUAAAAAGACAUCUGGUGGUGAACGUUGGUACAUAAACCAUGUCGAACUCUCCUAUUCCUCAUCAAAUCCACUCUUCGAACAUAUCGAUCGACCAAAUUUAGAUGUCAGACUUAAUUCACCAGCCAGAACUCCAAUGUAUUUCCCAACACCAGUUGGCAAAUCUUAUGUAUGUGAUAAAGAACAAACUAUAAUAAUGUAUGCUCCACUUGAAUCUGGCGAUAAAUCUGGACACAUAGCUAAAUUAUAUCUGAGAGAGUUGCGAAUGCAAAGUUUCAUGUUUAAAGAUAGUGGCAAAUGGGGUCCAUCAUUUCAUUGCAGCGCAACAGGUUCGUAUCGUGAUGAAACAAUGCCAUUAGCUGUUGGUACGGCUUUGGCUAUAUCAGUUUUAUUAACAAUUGCUGCCUAUGGUGGAUGGAGAUAUUUCAAAAUUAAGAAAGUUCAAUAUGGAACAAUGGAGUAAAAGCACAACAAUAUUAGUACAGGACUAUAAAUUGUCCCAAAUAGUAGCAAAUAAUAUUUUUUUGUUUUUUAUUUAAUUAAGCUUUACACACAAGAAAAAUCAAAGGUCACAAUUUUUAAAAAUCGACAGCACUUCAAGGAAAAACAAAAAAAAAAAUCAAAUCUGCGUUUAGAUCUUGAAUACAAAAUUUUUAUUUUUAUUUUUGGAAGAAAAAUAUUUUUUUUUUAUCUAACUUGUUAAAAAUGCACAAUUUUCGUUAUUUAAAAAAUUUUAUUUUUAAGUCAUUUUAAAUUACCUACCAAAGUUAAAAAAAAGUUGAACUUUGGUAAAAAAAAAUUAUGAUGAGCGCCACACAAAAAAAAACCUUUACGAAGUUUUUGGUUUUUUAUUUUUAAACUAGUUCUUAGUUGCAAUUUUUAUUU